CUGCCCGCGGGGGCCGGGGAGGAGGAGCGGGAGCCGCGCCCGCCGGAGCCGAGGCCGCCCCAGAAGGCGAGCAAACCCAGGAAAACUCCCAAGAGAGGGAAGCUGGCUCCUGAGACGCCCCCACCGGGUAAAAACAGCAACAGAAAAGGGGUGAGAACCAAGAGCUCUGAGAAGGCUGCCAACGAUGAUCACAGCGUUCCCGUGGCCCAUGACGGCAUCAGAGAGGGUUGCCCACCUCUUGGUCUGGAAACCUUAAAGAUCACAGACUUCCAGCUGCAUGCAUCCACCUCGAAGCGCUAUGGUCUUGGGGCACAUCGAGGGAGACUCAACAUCCAGGCAGGUAUUAAUGAAAAUGAUUUUUAUGAUGGGGCGUGGUGUGCAGGAAGGAAUGACCUCCAUCAGUGGAUUGAAGUGGAUGCCAGACGCCUGACCAAAUUCACUGGUGUCAUCACUCAAGGAAGGAACUCGCUCUGGCUGAGUGACUGGGUGACCUCUUAUAAGGUCAUGGUGAGCAAUGACAGCCAUACAUGGGUCACUGUUAAGAAUGGAUCUGGAGACAUGAUAUUUGAAGGAAACAGUGAAAAGGAGAUCCCUGUUCUCAAGGAGCUGCCGGUCCCCAUGGUCGCCCGCUAUAUUCGCAUAAACCCUCAGUCUUGGUUCGAUAACGGGAGCAUCUGCAUGAGGAUGGAGGUCCUUGGCUGCCCGUUGCCAGAUCCAAAUAAUUAUUAUCACCGGCGGAAUGAAAUGACUACCACCGAUGACCUGGAUUUCAAGCACCACAACUAUAAGGAAAUGCGCCAGUUGAUGAAGGUUGUAAAUGAAAUGUGCCCCAAUAUCACCAGAAUUUACAACAUUGGCAAGAGCCAUCAGGGCCUCAAGCUGUAUGCUGUGGAGAUUUCUGACCACCCCGGGGAGCAUGAAGUCGGUGAGCCUGAGUUCCACUACAUCGCAGGGGCCCACGGCAAUGAGGUGCUGGGCCGGGAGCUGACGCUGUUGCUGAUGCAGUUUCUGUGCCAGGAGUACCUGGCCGGGAAUGCACGCAUCGUCCGUCUGGUGGAGGAGACCCGGAUCCACAUCCUCCCCUCCCUCAACCCCGACGGCUACGAGAAGGCCUACGAGGGGGGCUCUGAGCUGGGAGGCUGGUCUCUGGGACGCUGGACCCAUGAUGGGAUCGACAUCAACAACAACUUCCCUGACUUAAACACACCGCUCUGGGAGGCAGAGGGCCGACAGAACAUCCCAAGGAAAGUUCCCAAUCACUAUAUUGCAAUCCCUGAGUGGUUUCUGUCUGAAAAUGCCACGGUGGCAGUGGAGACCAGGGCAGUCAUAGCCUGGAUGGAAAAAAUCCCCUUCGUGCUGGGUGGCAACCUGCAGGGAGGGGAGCUGGUGGUGGCGUACCCCUACGACAUGGUGCGGUCCCUGUGGAAGACGCAGGAGCACACCCCCACGCCCGACGACCACGUGUUCCGCUGGCUGGCCUACUCGUACGCCUCCACACACCGCCUCAUGACCGACGCCAGAAGGAGGGUGUGCCACACGGAAGACUUCCAGAAAGAGGACGGGACUGUCAAUGGGGCUUCCUGGCACACUGUCGCAGGAAGUCUCAACGAUUUCAGCUACCUUCACACAAACUGCUUCGAGCUGUCCAUCUACGUGGGCUGUGAUAAAUAUCCCCAUGAGAGCCAGCUGCCUGAGGAGUGGGAGAAUAAUCGGGAGUCCUUAAUCGUGUUCAUGGAGCAGGUGCAUCGUGGCAUCAAAGGCAUUGUGAGGGAUUUACACGGAAAAGGAAUUCCCAAUGCCAUUAUCUCCAUCGAAGGCGUUAACCAUGACAUCCGAACAGCCAGCGAUGGGGAUUACUGGCGCCUCCUGAACCCCGGAGAGUAUGUGGUCACAGUCAAGGCAGAAGGUUUCACCUCAGCUACCAAGAACUGCAUGGUCGGCUACGACAUGGGGGCCACACGAUGUGACUUCACGCUCAGCAAAACCAACCUAGCUAGGAUCAGAGAGAUUAUGGAGAAAUUCGGGAAGCAGCCUGUCAGCCUGCCAGCCAGGCGGCUGAAGCUGCGGGGGCGGAAGAGACGGCAGCGCGGGUGACCUCCCAACACUUGAGACAUGUUCCGGACCCCUGCAAAUUAAACCACCCCCAGUCAUAGCCCCAUAGAGAACCUGCUCCCCGUUGUUUCCUCUGUAAUUCAAGAAGGCCUGGGAGAAUGUGUGUCUUGCAAGGCUGGUCCCGAGGGGAAAGCUGAAGGCUUAAGAUAUUUUCUUUGUUCCCAUUUACCCAAAUAACUUGGGCGGAUCAACAGAGAAGGGCUGGUAGGAGUGACAGAAUUCAGCAAAUCAACCUGGGAGUAAGAGUUGCUGGUCUAUUCAGGGCCUCCUGGCUGCAUAGUAGGGAAACCCCUGCUUCCCGUUUGCGUGACAGCAAGAGUUCUCCGUGUAUUUGAAUUUUGCACAGCUAAAAUCGCAGCGUUCCCAGAUCCACCACCCCAAAUGUUACCAUUUGAGAUGUUCAUGGGCAUUCUAAGAGAAACCACCAUCUCUAGCCCCAGGAUAGAUAAAUUCUGCACUCAGUUGGGAAUAGACACAUAACUGAAUGAGCAUCGGUCAGCCUCUUGAAUCAGCUUAGUUUCUCUUUCAACAAAGGAUCAUGUUUAUAAAAGGGGAGAAAGGCUGAAAUAAUUAGAGAGCAAUUAAUAGGCAGCCAGUGUGCCAUGGGGCUCAUUGCAUGUGUGCCGGGUCCUCGGCGACAACCCCCCCACCCCCUGUGGGUCUAGAAGCCCUGGGGGGUGCCAGCCUUUUGGAGGGACCAGACCUUUAGCCUGCCCCCCUCUUUGACCUACUAGGACUUGGAAAGGACCGGAAGGAAGCUGGCCUGUGGCCCUCCUUUCAGAGAAAUGAGCACCCCUGAGCCGGCCUGCCAUCACUAUGGGAGUUAUCUUUGAUGUGUGGGAUGCCAGACCUUCAAAUUAGGCUCAGUUUGAUGAAGAGCUCUUAGAAUGAUCUGUGAAGCACUGGCUCAGAGGGGUGACUGCAGAGCACACGAGGCAAGAGUUUGUCUAAUUCUUUAUUAAUGUUGCUGCCCACUGAUCUGGGAAGAAUGAGAAAAAUAAAGGAAGCAGAGAGUAA